AUUGAUACUGGCUGCCUGUACUAGAGCGUGGAACGGACUAGAGAAAAAUAUAAAGGAAAAACGAAAACAAUCAAGCGGCAACAUUUAAUACAAUAAUGAUAGCGACACAACUGCAGGCACUGGCAUCCCUUCGGUGACAGUCAAGACAUCACAAGGAAGAGGAGGAAGAGCUAGGAGAAGACCGCACAUCUGGGAAGACAUGUAAAAGUAACUAAAGCUUACUUGACCACAGGUAGUUAUCGCGCGUCAAAGAAUAUCAAAGUGCAGGUCAUGCGGAUAUCUCCGGGUGGAGAUCGAGCUGUGUUUCAUUGCUAGUAGAGUUCUUCUUGGGAAGAAGAUCACUUCUUUUCAGCUGAACAAGAACAGGAUAAAGCCAUGUCCCGAAGAAAGCAGAGCAAACCCCGGCAGAUCAAACGUUCUAUUGGCGACCUGGAGGGUGGCGAGGACAACACACCUGAGGAUGUCAGCCUAUCGGGCGAUGAGGGCGGAGCCUCAGACUCAGCAGAAUGUGACAGCUCCAGUCCACCACCAUAUACCCCCCUGUACAAUGAAGAGCCAAGGACACAUGAAUCCCUUUGUGCACCUGAUGAUGAGGAAGAGGAGGAGGAGAAAGGUCCAACACACACUAAGGAGGAGAUGGAAGAGGAGGAAGACUGUCUACAUUGGAGGGGUCCAGAUGAUCUGGAGCUGAGUGAUGAUGCUGCUUACCCCAAGGUCCUGGCCUGCAGGGACCUCACCACCGACACACUAUGGGGGCCAUACGCUGGGAUCGUCCAAACAGAAGAUGCGGGAGAUGACCAGGAGUCAGAGAUCUCCAGGUUGAGCCUGGUGUGUGAGGACACAGACUGCUGGCUCCGUAGAGUCCUGUUAACCUCUGAUUCAACAGAUACCAACUGUACCAUCUACAGCCAAGGUGAGGAGCUGUAUUGUAAGGUAACCCAGGACAUCUCCACAGGGGACGGUCUGCUGGCUACGCUGUCUAGACCCUCUAUGGAGCAGCGGUCCCCCUCUAAGACCCAGGGUGUAGCGGUGAAGGAGGAGCCUACAGGUGUCUACCCAGCAUCCCUCCACUCUGAGAUACAGCUCCUCCCCCAGCAGGCUGGGAUGGCAGCCAUCUUGGCCACGGCAGUUGUCAACAAGGACAUCUUUCCGUGUAAGGACUGUGGGAUCUGGUACCGCAGUGAGAGGAACCUCCAGGCCCACCUCAUGUACUACUGUGCCAGCCGGCAGAAGCAGCAGUCCUCCUGCUCCCCUCCACAGGACAAGCCCAAGGACUCCUACCCCAAUGAGCGUGUCUGCCCCUUCCCACAAUGUAACAAGAGCUGCCCCAGCGCCAGCUCCCUGGAGAUCCACAUGCGGACACACAGUGGUGAGCGUCCCUUUGUGUGUCUGAUCUGCCUGUCGGCCUUCACCACUAAAGCCAACUGUGAGCGUCACCUGAAGGUGCACACGGACACGCAAAACGGAGUGUGUCACGGCUGUGGCUUCAUCUCCACCACGAGGGACAUCCUCUAUAGCCACCUGGUUACCAGUCACAUGGUUUGUCAGCCCGGCUCGCACAGUGAAGUGUACUCCCCAGGUCCUGGCCUGCCCAAACUGCCUCUGUCCACAGGUCUAAGUCCAGGAGACUCUGGUGUUGUGUUGAAAUGUCAGAUAUGUGGCCACGUCACAGACUCUCCCGGCCAGCUCCAGCAGCAUGUUCGCACACACCUGGAGGUGAGAGUUCCGGCAGAGAGGAGCCCCUCACCCCGCCAGAGCACCCCCUCCUCAGCUGACCACCCUGAGCCCCCUGCCUGCGUACCCCACCCUGACUCCUCCAGCCCUGGGGCCAAUGGGAGCUCAGCCACCCCGCGAGGCUGCAGCCCACCUGACCACCUCCCCACAGACCUGAGGAUCAAAGAGGAACUGCGCUCGGACUCUGAGAAUGAGGGGCAGGAGGAGGAGGACCGGGAGGGGAAGUGCCAUGGACACACAGGGGUAGGGUGCUCUCAGACCUCCACCUCCCCCAGGAGUCCCUUUGCUGUGGCCGUGAAGGCAGAGCCAACCAGCCCCACCCCUGGCUCCAGCCCUGCCCACCUGGGAGGAGCUGGCUCAGUGCUGCCUGGAGGAGCUGUAUUCCUGCCACAGUACAUGUUCAGCCCAGAGGCAGCCAUCCUGCCCCAGGCCUCAGAGAUCCUGGCCAAGAUGUCUGAGAUGGUCCACAGCCGGCUCAAGCAGGGCCAGGUGUCCCCUGGGGCAGCACCAGCCUUCUAUCCCGCAGGCACUUCUGCCACUGUCCACAAGGGGGCCACCUGCUUAGAGUGUGACAUCACCUUCAACAACAUCAACAACUUUUACGUUCACAAGAAGCUCUACUGCUCCAGCAGGCAUCAACAGGGAGACGCGGCUGGCUCAGUGAAGGAGGGGGCCUCAGGGGUCACUGUCCCCUCUGUCGGACACGGUUCAUCCCCUCAGGCUGCCACAGCCUCCCACAGUGACUCAGACCCUGUUCCAGGCAGCACCGGCACAGAGGGCAAGCUGGUGGAGGUGAAAAGUGAGAACCCUGGAGUGAAGGAGGCUGUGUCCUCCUCUUCCUCUGAGGGGGAAGGUGGUGGAGGAGGACGAGACCUGGCCAGUGAGGGCAGCCAGAGCCCCAGCGGCUCAGCAGAGGACCAGGAAGAAGACCCCACCAGGACCUUCUGUCAGGCCUGCAACAUUCACUUCAGUCGCCAUGAGAACUACACGGUCCACAAGCGCUUCUAUUGUGCCUCGCGCCACGAUCCGUCCAACCAGCGGUCAAGCGCUGGCAAAGCCACCUUCCUGCCUCAGCCCAUCCGCACGCGCAAGAGGAAGAAGAUGUAUGAGAUCCACAUGGCUCGGACUGAGGCCCUAGCCAACGCUGCUGCUAUUGCCUUUCCCUCUGCUCCAGGGCUGGGCCCGGCUGUGAAGCAGGAGGCUGCUGCCUCAUUAGGGAAGGUCCUGGAGGCCCCUGUUCCAGUCAUGGCCUUGGGCCUGUGUCCAGCCACUUCCAGUAGCACCAGCCCUGAUGGAGACGGUCCAAUCGACCUGAGUAAGAGGCCCCGUCUGAGGGACACACCACGGGGCAGCAGCAGUAUCUCUGCUCUGCCCCUCACUGACUACCAUAAGUGCACCGCCUGCAGCAUCAGCUUCAACAGCAUUGAAAACUACCUGGCCCACAAGACCUACUACUGCCCAGCAACCACCUUGCAGGCCAACACCCUGAAGACGCUCCACAGGCUGAAGAGACCAGCCUCCACUUCCCCAGAGGGCAAUGGGCUCCCCACAGAGAAGGCUCCUCAGGGGGCCUCGCCCAGCCCUCACUCCUCAGCUUUGCCAGGCUCUGAGGCUACAUCUCUUCACAGCUGUCCUGCAGCCAAAGGCCCAGGCUCUCCUCCUGUGGUCUGCCCCUACUGCCCUCCCAAUAGGGUGGUGACCUGUGACCUGGUGGAGCACUUCAGAUCCAUGCAUGGCCUGGUCUUGAACCUGGAGGGCCAGCCAGCUGUCAUCAGCCCCAGCCUGAGCCCCAGGGAUGAGACUCCAGUUACCCCGCCCAAACAGGGCCUCCAGCCCCGCAGGGACAGCAUCAACAUUCGGGUCAGAAUGGACACUGUAUCCCCCUCCUCUCCCCUGGUGAACAUUAGCCCCCUGGGUCCCCAUGCUGGGGGUGGCAGCUCCCCCAAAGCAGCUCCUCCUGCUGUGUCUCCCACCAGGUCCCUCCCCCUGACUGUGUCCCCUGUGCCUGAGGUCCUGAGGGAGGUUGGGGUUAUGAACCAGCAGGCUGCUGUUGCUCUGCUUCCAGACAGGGCAGCCCUCACCCUGGGUCUCCCACUCCCUGUUGCUGUCCCGGCACCUACCACACCCAAGACCCUCCUGGUCUCCCCUUUGCAGAACGGUAACAUCCGCUUCUGCCGGCUGUGCAAUAUCAAGUUCAGCAGCCUGUCCACGUUCAUAGCCCACAAAAAGUACUACUGUUCCUCCCACAGCGCUGAGCACGUCAAGUGAACAUGCCUGUCUCUGCACAGUGUCCCCUCACAGCCUAGCCCCAGCUUUUCACCUGUGUCAGUGCCACCAUGGCAUAGCACCACGUCUGGACAGUCUGAAGUAAAUGUGACUGUUACUCGCCAGGCACUGGUUAGCUGCUCGGACGCUGACGCUCCCGGUAUUGUUACUAUGGUAACUUAUUUCUUCUUAUGGGUCAAAGUUCGUAUUACACUAAGAGCAGAGAUACGCUACCUGCACACACAUUUGUGCCCACCUUCCCUUCCCCACCACCUCAAUACCAGUCCCCUAGCCCUCUCACCUCCAAGGUUCACAGAAUGUUGAUAAUGGGACUUUUAGAUCCAACAUUUAAUCUACUGAGCAAGCUUAAUUUAACUGUUUAUAUCACAGUUAUCUUGAUUUGAUUGUGAUUGUUUGAAGCAUUUCUUGCUCAUGACGAAACUUGCUUUUCCUGAGCCAUUGAUGCUCAUGACCUGUCAUUGAUUGGGGGCAACUGUUGUCCCUCAGGGCUCUCUUGUGGAGCUGACCAUCUCCACCAUUUUAUUUCUACCUACCUGUGCAUAGUGUAUGAUGCUUUAAAAUAAUGAUAUGCUUUUGUUUGAACACUGGCUCUUUUGUUAACUAGAAAGCAUUUUAGCUGAAUUACAGGAAUGGGUGUCACAAGGUUAUCAAUUACAGAUGAUUUUCGUUUUUCCAAAACCACAAUUGUAAUUUCUCUUAAUGCAAGGGAAAGCAUGGGAAAUAUUUAUCUCUGAUUUCAUGUCAACAGAAAACUACCUAGCGUCUGAAAAUAUUUGUAUUUUUUAUUUGUAUUGUUUUCAUACUUUUCGAAGGAACUGUUUCAAUCUUGGUGUGUAAAGGUGUUUUUGUAAGUGUAGAUAUAUAAUAUCUUUCACAGUAAUCACUGGGAUGACACUGAAUCUUAUUUUCAUUAUUGUCAGCAUUUUUCUUUAAUGCUGGUGUUUUAAUUUUGGGUAGAACGAAGAUGACUGGACCUGAGUAUCAGGAUGAAGACACUUCACUUCCUGUUCCUAGAAUGCCCUUCACAACACCGCCCAUCUCCCAAAUUAAACCUGACCUUUAACCACAAACCUCCUACUGUACCAACAUAUUACAUCCGCCAAUCUGCAGCUGCUGAUACACCACCAUCUUGCUAUGUGAUGCUUGAAUAAGACAUGGGAUCCAUUUAAAUCUAUGUUGAUUAAUUGACACCUGUUAGUGUGUGCUUGCUCUAUUGUGUUUUUCCGGUAAUGAAGUAAAAGAAGAAAAAAAAAUGUGAGACGGUGUAAGAGACAGGCAAGGACAGCAGAUGUAUUUCACAGAUUGUAGAGAGACACACGGUAGAUACUGUAGCUCCUAAAACUGUCAUGUCUAAAACACAAACACACAGUUGAAGUCGUACAUUGUUUUUCAACCACUCCACAAAUUUCUUGUUAACAAACUAUAGUUUUGGCAAGUUGGUUAGGACAUCUAAUUUGUGAAUGACACAAGUAAUUUU